AUUUGCUCCUGCAAAGACACCAUACCAUACCAUUUUGCAUUUCUGCAGACAAAUUUGAAAAAUCCGAAGGUCUAGGUACUACGAACGAGUCCAGCCCUGACAACCGUACUCUAAGCAAGCAUGAGCAACUGGGGAGGAAACUCUGGCUUCGGGUACUAUGAUGCAGGGGAUGACGAGGACCAUGAUGAGGAGGAGUACGGAGGGGCCGAGUGGAAGAAUGCUGGGAAGGACAGCCUCAUCUUCCUCAUCGACUGCUCCGAGCAGAUGUUUGAGAAGGACGAUGACAGGAGCCAUUUUGAGAUGAGCAUUGAGUGUGCCAAGACUGUACUAAGCAACAAAAUCAUCAGCAGUGAUAAGGAUCUGGUUGGCGUGGUGUUCUUUGGGACAGAAAAGGACAAAAACAGUGGAAGUUUCAAACAUAUCUAUGCCCUUCAGGACCUUGAUCAGCCUAGCGCCAGUAGAAUUCUAGAGUUGGAGUCUUUCCUUACAGAGGGCAACAAUGAUUUUGCCAACAAGUUUGGAUUUGAAAGUGGCUACAGCCUCAGCGACGCCCUCUGGACGUGUUCUAACAUGUUUUCACAAAGUCCACAGAAGGUGGGUCACAAGCGUGUUCUUCUCUUCACCAACGAUGACCACCCCCACGACAAGAAUGUAGCUUUCCAGCGACAAGCCAAGCAGAAGGCCAAAGAUCUGGAUGACAUCGGGAUCGAGAUCCUACUCAUGCACAUGGCUCUGCCUGACUCUCCAUUCCGCUUCUCUGAAUUCUAUCAGGACAUUGUCCAUGGAAGCGAGGAUGAGGAGGGUUUAAUUCCGGACGCUUCUGAGAAGUUCGAGCAGCUUCUGGCGAGGGUGCGAGCAAAAGACCACAAGAAGAGGACCACGGGGAGGAUUCCCUUCUCCCUCGGAAAGGGACUGGAACUAGGCGUGGGCGUGUACACCCUUGUAAGGCAGCAGGCUAAACCCUAUCCUGUGAAGCUACAUCGACAGACCAAUGAGGCUCUCAAGAAUAAAUCUAAGAUGUACUGUGAGGAUACAGGAGAGCUUCUGAUGCCAUCAGACAUCAAGAAAUACCAAACGUACGGUGGAAAGAACAUCAUCUUUGAGAAGGAUGAAGUGGAUGAAGUCAAGAAGUUUUAUGAUCCAGGCCUUACCCUGAUGGGUUUCAAGCCCAGGUCGGCCCUCAAGAAGUAUUUCCAUGUCAAGCCAGCCCAGUUCCUAUUCCCAGACGAGACCUCUGUUUCGGGUAGCAAUACUCUCUUCAAUGCACUCCUGCAGCGAUGCUCGGCCCGGGACAAGGUCGCUAUCUGCCGUUACAUUCCACGCAAGAAUUCACCUCCAAAGUUUGUCGCCCUCUUGCCCCAGAAAGAGGAACUUGAUGAGCAUUCCGUUCAGAUCACUCCUCCAGGAUUCCAUCUCAUCUUCUUGCCUUUCUCUGAUGACAUGAGAAAACUGGAACAUCCCACUCACCCGAGGGCUACACCGGACCAGAUCGACAAGGCCAAGAACGUCGUCAAGAAGUUACAGUUCCAGUUCUCCUCGGAGAACUUUGAGAAUCCAGUCCUCCAGACGCACUACAGGACCCUGGAGGCCCUAGCGCUCGACAGGGACACCACAGAUGAUAUGGUCGACCAUACCGAGCCCAACAAAGAGAUGAUUGAGAGAAGGGCGGGGCCUGGCAUCAGAGAGUUCAUGGAGUCAGUCUUCCCCGAGGGGUACGACCCCACGGCCAAACCUGCUGCUAGAAAGAAGGCUGCAGGUGGUACCAUUGAUGUUGCUGAACAAGCCCGAAAAGAACAGCUUUCCAAGUUGACCGUAGCCGUCCUAAAGGAGUUCUGUCAAACGAAUGGACUUUCAACUGCGGGGAGAAAGAAUGACCUCAUAGGAACCAUAAAUGACCAUCUAGGGUUAUAAAUUGAAUUAAAGGGAAAUAAUGACCUCACACUCAUUUGUGCUGUAUGUUAGGGGUUCUAUGCAGCUAUACUAUAUUCAAAAUAAGAGUUUCAAUUGUUACUUCUAGAAGGAGAUAUUGCCAGUUUCAAUACACUCUCAAUAUAGUCUGCAAACGUAGACUCUGAUUUACCACAAUUGAUAAAGCCUUGAGGAGAGCCUAGCUCUGUUAGACUCUGGCUACAGUAUAGGGCCUAUUGAUUGCGUUAUACAUUACGAGUGACGAGGGUUUGUGCAUGCAAACUCCUCUUAUUAUAUGUAAAAGGGACGCAUAAGUAAAGUAGUUAAUACACACUUGAACUCUCUCUUAGAAAUGGGUGUGUAUGUAAUUGGGUUUUUACAGACAUGUAUGAAUUAAAUGAUUUAUAGAAACCACAUUUACAUGUAGCUGUCCACAAAUGUUGUUUAGGUGCCAAAUGUACAGAUUGUUUUGUUCUUAUUGUAGUUGAACAUAGAUAAGCUUGUCUUUCUUAUAAUUACGAUCGUCAUUAGCAAGCCUUUUGUUUUGGCGGAAAAAAUUGGAGCGAUGCAGACUAGUCUUCCUUUGACGACAUAAUUUUUGCACCAGAUCUUGUCGGAUUUUCUUUAUUCGCCGAUUUGUGUUGCUUUCUACAACAGGAAAAUAAACACAUAACAUGGGUGGAUAUUUCUUUACAUAGAUGUUGGAAAUAUUUUGAAUUCAAGAAUGGGAUAUCUACAGAAAUGUUUGUGUUUAACCUGUUGACUCCUGAAUUGUUUAAUUCCCAUAGGCUUAAUACAGGAGCCACUCGGUUGCAGGAGUCGAUGGGUUAAUAAGCAAUGAGUUAUAUAUGCUACUCAUAGACUGAUGCAGAAAUGUAGUAUAGUGAUUACUAGUAUCACCUAGAGAGAGAGGAGAAGAGAAAUGAAUUAAUGUAAUUGAGGGAUUGCAUAGUUGCAAACCAUUCCCAUUUUUGAGGAAAUGAUUCAUAUAUUAUGGCCUUCAAACUGGUGGUUAUGAAAGUGAAACCUAUAUUUCCUCUCUUUUCUGAAAAGAUCUAUGUAAAAAAUAUACAAAGUAGAUUGUAUUCCUAGCUUUGCCUUGAAAGAUUGAUAAUUUUGCUGCAAAAGUUAUAACAGGUGUGGUAUAAAUAAAAGUUGAAAUUAAGACAAAAUAAGAAAUAUUGCAGGGAUUGUAAGCUUGCAGAAUCAAAGAAGUAAAAGUGUCGCAUAAAAGUUUUCUUCACUGUUUUCUGUUGUGGUAUUAUCUCCCUCUUUGUCUUCUUUCAAGAUCAUGGAAUGCUGAAAAAAUAUAAUUUUAAACUAGCAUAAUUAUGUUAUUUUAUGUAUUCCCAAAGAAAUUGUACAUACUUUUUUAGCUUAGCUGUAAACAGCUUGCAAAUAAGUACUGGUAAUGCGAUUAUCAAUCAUUGUAAUCUUAGUUUUUGGAUCAUAUGAUUUUUUUAUUGUUGUGAAACAACAGAGGAACUGUAAUAUUUAGUUUUUCCUGAAAUGUUAAGACAUUGUAAGAAUUUAGUCAUCUCAUAUGUUUUGUAUAUGCAUCAAAAUAUAGAACAGUCUUCAUAAGA